AUGCUUUCUAUACUGUUUUUUAUAUCUUUAUUUUCUUUUGCCAAGGCUGAUGAUAACUGGGAUGAUUUUACGAAUAAUCUUGCUACCGACUUGGCUCCUUUAAUCACCUUGUUCGGCGAACGACUUACGAAACAAUUCCUCUCCGAGUCCAUCAGCAUUCUCGACAAUGUUAUAUUCGCCCUUUCACCUCUUGGAGUCUUGACUGCUGUCGUGUCGGUAAUUCGAAUCUGUGGAAGUUCUUCUCUCAGGGCAUUUGUCGGACGAGCACAAGAAGGUCCUGCCGAAGCAGAAAGCGAACUCCUUCCUUGCGUGUCACAAUCUACCUCUGAGCUCUUCAACGAUGGUGGAAUCACACGAGUCUUUGGUAGACCCAAGAUCCUGGAGAUAUUUGCUUGGGAGGAUGUGGACUAUAAUAAAGAAAAGGUGACGCGGGUUAGCACUUUGAAGCAUGCUCUUCUAGAAAAUGCUUGGUCUUGCAAUCGCGAGAUUUCACCUUUUCAACUCUCUGAGCUGAACAUUCCUAAUCUGUCAUUGAACACGGGAAUCAAGAGGAGAGGACAAUUUUGGUUUCAUUGUGCUGCAAUACUUGGGGGUCUACUCCAAACUGGCACUGUUGUAUACGCUGCACUCACGGUGUUUAUGUAUCCCCAAAGUUUUCAGAAAGACGACAAAGCUGUCGCCUCAUAUGCAUUCCCGCUUUACCUCAUUGGGACAACUCUUCUAUUUAUUGGAAUGUUCUUCUGUGCAUUCAUCCUGGAGCGUUCCUCAAAGGAGUACUACUUCAAAGCAGAAAAGCCAAGCAAGAUAUACUGGCUGCAGCCCGGUAACCAGCAUGUGGGUGACCAAGUUUUCAAUGCUUUCUUGGCUGUCAAGGAAGGCCCCGGAUCUUCAAUGAGCAAGGAUCUCCGUUAUAUCAAAUCGACCAGAGAGCAAGCAUUUGACGGGAAGCAUUUGGAAAUUUACUCUACCCUCGCAUCGACAAUUUUGGGAUUCAUCUUCCAGUUUGUUGGACUGAGAGGCCUUCAUGCAUCUGUCAUCCUAGCCCAGCUAGGGUCGACAUUUCUAAUGGCCAUUAUACGUACUUGUCUGCGCACAGAAAGAAUGGCACCAGACGAUAACAAGAUGAAAGACGACCGGGAUCUCAUGGCCCACAAGCAGCAGGAGCUGGAUUGCCUCGCCUUUCAUCUUGAAAAAGUCGAGUCUUUCGAUUUGGUACCACCGCCUGACCUGUCAGCCAAUAUGCCUGCAGAGAAGUUUAUGCCUCAUUCAAAAACGUCAUUGGGCAUGCGGUUGAUUCAAAGACGGGCUGAGCUGGCUAUUCUUACAUCGGACUCGAAUCAGAGCUUCAGUAACGUUGCCUGGGACGGAAUGCCUAUUCGACAAAUGGCCCACAACCUCGCAAAACUGAUCGAGUCGACGAUGGAUUUGAUUACUAGUUGGGGAGUUGAGUUUGGGGAGACAUUUAAGUUUCGACUUGCUUUUGAGUGUAAAGGUGCUUCUCCAGACUCUGAGACUCAAUCUUCGCCACAAUCCUGUAUUGAACUUCUGCGGCAUGGCGAUAAUAUGCGAUGGAAAGUGAGAGCCAGCGAGAUGGAGGCAAUUCUAGGCCUGUGGAUUUGGUCUCUGUGCAAGUCAGAUAAUGGGCUGGCAACUGCAAAGCUCUCUCGUCUUGUUGGACUGGAUAAAGAAGAGGCGGCCAAGGAGGAGACUUACCUCUAUUUUCGCAAAUGGAUAUCUCGACACCCAGUUAAGCGACUGAUUCCCGACUUCAUUGACGAUUCAAAACGACUUUUCGGCUACGAGCCCAAGAUUUCUCGCUCCCACAGGAAACUUCUAGCUGUUUGGACCACGAAUGGGGUGGAGAUGAUGGCCGCACAAGAUAUUUUUAUCCAGUUUCUCAAGACCGCCUUCCUCCAAUUGGAGGAAUUGGGUGGACAAGUGGACGUCACCCCUAGUAUAUACCGACAUGAUCCACCCUUAGGCUCCAGUACGCGAGUUGAUGAGCUGGCAUCUUGUUUUGAGGCCAACUCUCUUGGGUCAAGGCAGGACGCAUUGCUAUGCAUUAUUCCUGCUUUGAAAAACAGAGGUAUUCUGCCCAGCCUCGCAGCCGACUCCCCCAACAUCAGAGCGCGCAAAGAGGAAUUAAUAAAACAAGGAAAGUGGCAAGAUGCAUUUCGGUUACUUCAUUGGCUCUGUGAACGAUCAGAAGGUCACCAGCUUGAGCUAUCAGUUUACGAGCUGGGGUUUCUUUGUCGUCGAGCUUUGUUGAGUAACAACCAAAAUGCUCGCCAGCAAGGAUUCGAGCAAAUCUGCGAACUUCUUAGGUCCGAUAUACGAGAUGGGUUUAUUCUGGCCUGGGCACCGUCAGAUUGGACGAAGUCUCAAGAUCGCAUCCGGUGGUGGGAUGUGUUCUGCACCCAACUUGGGUGGAUCGCAUGGAACAUCUCGGCUAAGGUUCCAGACUCAAAAUUUAUGCAGCCUAUUCUGGCGUCACUUGGCGUUCCAGAAACGUUGAGUGGUUGGAAUGAUCCAGAUAAUGACGCAGAGGAGAUUCGAAGAAGCGUGAAGGCUAUUGAAGGCUGGCUCACAUCGCCUACUCUCGACUUCGCACUCAAUUGGACCAGGGACGACGAUGAGAUUGCUUUCGACUGGAUUAUCCGCAACAACUAUCAUGCCCUGCUUUACUUCCUGCUGUUAAUAUGGAUCGAGCUCGGCGAACGUUGUCCAACCCUCAUCAUGCGUGCAUAUUCCUUUGCAAGUAAGAGUCGCUCUGUUCUGGCAUUCCAAACGCUUCUGAGCUACAAAGCAGAUAUUGACGCAGCGGACCUCGAUAUUUGUACGGCGUUGAUUGACCGCAUCUUGAAAAGGGACUUGGAUGGAGCUAGAAUCUUGCUGCAAUACGGUGCCGAGCCCAAUGGCGGCGAUCAGCCUCAUAUGCCCCGACCACUGCUUCUAUCCUUGGGAAAGGGCGAAUACGAGAUUGCGGAAUUACUUCUGCUGAACGGGGCCUCUGUAGAGGUUGUUGACAGAAAGGGAUUUUCCGUGAUGUGGUGGGCCUGCAACUCCGGUAAAUUGGAGAUGGUUGAUCUGGUUUUGCGCCACAAGGCAGAGAUUGACCCAAUUGGACCGGACGGCAAGACGCCAUUCUUUUAUUACAGAAGGAAAGGGAAAGUUGAUAUAGUUACGUUCCUGAUGAGUAAAGGAGCGAGCACCAACUUUCGUGGCAUGAAUGAUCGGGCUGCACUCAUGCCAGCUAAAGAUAAUUCUUUGCGAACCACUCCGUAA